AUGUAUUUAUUCUCAGGACAAUCGCAUCCAACUCUAUCCAGGAGUGUUAGCGAGUUGUUAGGAGAGCCUAUUGCUGCUGCCAACGUGGCAUCCCAAUCCAAUGGCGAGAGUAAAGUGAAUAUUUUAGUUUCUGUACGCGAAAAGGAUGUUUUCAUUAUUCAAACUGGUGCCGAUGGUGUCAAUAAUUUCAUCUUUGAAUUUUUAAUUAUGGUUUACGCUUGUAAGACAUCAGCUGCCAAGAGAAUUGUUGCCGUUAUGCCUUAUUUACCCUAUUCGAAGCAUAGUAAAAUGAGAAAUCGUAGCGCUAUACCAGCCAAGUUAGUGGCCUCCAUGAUGUGUAAAGCUGGUGUCAGCCAUGUUAUUACUGUCGAUUUACAUCAUAAGGAAGUACAAGGAUUUUUCAAUUGCCCGGUUGAUAAUUUACGAGCUUCUCCUUUUAUCAUUCGCUAUAUACAACAAGAUAUUCCCGAUUAUAAAAAUGCAGUGGUCGUUGCUCGAGAACCUGGCAGUACUAAACGUGCUACUUCCUUCGCUGAACGACUCCAUUUAACUUUAGCUGUCAUCCAUGGCGAAAGUAAAAGCGAUUAUUACGAUGAAGAUGGCAGUGGAUCGCCACCGCCAGAAUAUGAUGAUAGUAGUGUAUCGCGUGUCUUGCCGUCGGUGUUGCCUGAGAUUGCACCAAAAGAGAAGCCACCCAUGACCCUGGUCGGCGAUGUCACUGGCAAGAUAGCCAUCAUUAUUGAUGAUAUGAUUGAUAAUUUAGAUCUCUUACUCAAAGCUGCUGAAUUGCUUGAAGAACGAGGAGCUUAUAAAAUCUAUGCCUUAGCUACUCAUGGCCAAUUUACACAAUCUGAUGCAGCUAAAUUAGAUGCUUCCUGUCUUGAAGAGAUUGUUGUCACCAAUACCAUCCCUCAAAAGAUCAAUAGUAGCAAACUCAAGACCAUCGAUAUCAGCCAGUUGAUUGCUGAGUCAAUUCGACGAAUCCAUAAUGGCGAAUCGAUGUCUUACUUAUUUAGGAAUAUUCCUGCUGAUGAAAAUUAA